AUGUCGACGGCGAACGACGGUUCGGCGGUACGGUUCGGCCGAUGGUGGUGGUGCUGGCGAAGAAGAAGGCGGAGUACUACUACCUGCGGCCCUGCGACACCGACGACGAUGCACCAUCCGAGGACGAUUGUCCUUCUGGGCGUACUGGCGUUGAUCACGGUUCUCCUGGGUCACGUUGACGCCGCCGCAAGGACGAAAGCUGAGGAGUCGGCCUCAUCCCGCGGCUCGGCCGGCAGGCAGAAGGAAGCCGAGCCGGUGAUCGAGGAAGUCACUGCCAAGCAACUCGAACGGCUCCUCAACGAGAAGGACUUUGUUGCCGUGUAUUGGUAUGCCCGAAGUUGCAUCACGUGCGACAAGGUCCUGGCCGAAUUGGAAAAAAUCGACGACGAUACAGACCACUUUGGAGUUGACUUUGUUAAGAUCAACGAUAAACGACUUGCGAAGCAAUAUGGUAUCAAGAAUUUCCCGGCUCUUACGUACUUCCGCGACAAGGAACCAAUUAUAUAUGAAGGUGACUUGAUGGAUGAGGAAAAUGUACUGGAUUUUCUUACAAGUUUAGAAGCGAUGGAUUUACCAGAUCGUAUUGAGGAAGUUAAUGCAAAAAUACUGGGGAAGAUUGUCGAGGAAACAGAUUUCGUGGCGGUUCUUUUCUGUCCAGACACGGAGCGGUGUGCGGGCGCUGGUUCUAACAAGCCAGACUGCAAAAAGUGUCUCAAGGCUCUACAAGAAUUAGAGAACAUCGACGAUGAAGCCGAUCAAUUAGGUAUCGGUUUCGUAAAGAUUGCGGACGAGCAGUUAGCGGACGAGUAUAAUCUCGGUCCUCUCCCAGUUCUUGUGUAUUACAGGCAUCAAAUUCCAAUUAUUUACGAACAUGAGUUGAGUAGAGAAGAAGAUGUGCUGGAAUGGCUGGUGGCAAACAAGAGUACAGGAGAUGAAGAGGAUGUUAUCGAAGAUGUUACAGCCAAGACGUUGAAUACACUAAUUGGAAACAUUGACAAUUUAGUCGUUCUGUUCUAUGAUCAUGGUGACGAAGAAUCUAUGCAAGUCCUAAAUGAGCUAGAAAAGAUCGAUGAUGACUGUGAUAAGCAUGGGAUUCAGUUUGUAAAAAUCGACGACGAAAAGGCGGCAGAAGAAUUCGGAAUCGACGAUUUACCCGCGAUCGUCUAUUUCGAGAAGCAGAUCCCGAAUGUUUACGACGGAGAUAUAGAAAAUGAAGACGAAAUUCUGGAAUGGCUAUUGUCACAACUCGAGAAGGACGAGAUCGAAGACGUCACCGAUGAGAUGCUGGAUCGUCUCAUCAAAGAUGGAAAGACCUUGGCCGUAUUAUUCUACGAUAAUAACGAUCGGAAGUCUCAGAGAGUUCUCAAUGAAUUGGAGAACAUCGACGAUGAGUGCGAUCAGCUCGGCGUGGCGUUUGUGAAGAUCGACAACGCGGAGGAGGCUAAGGAGUACGGAAUUCAGAAAAUACCUACGAUGCUUUAUUUCGAGAAGGGCAUUCCUAUGGUGUACGAGGGUAAUCUCGAGGACGAGGAGAAAGUGCUCAAAUGGUUAGAGCAGCAGCAGAAGACUGACCAGAUCGAAGACGUCACCGACGAGAUGCUUGACAUGGUUAUAGAGAAGAUGCCACACGUAGCUGUUCUCUUUUAUGACAAAGACCAGAAGAAGAGCCAGAAGGUGCUGAGCGAGCUAGAGAACAUCGACGAUGAUUGUGACCAGCACAAUAUAGCCUUUGUGAAGAUCAGCGAUUUGGACGAGGCAAAGGAAUACGGUAUCGAUUCGCUUCCUACCUUGGUGCUGUUUGAACGAAGGAUACCACAUGUUUACGAUGGCGAUCUCAUGAACGAGGAUCAGAUACUGGGCUGGCUGUUGCACCAGAAAAAGCAUGCCGAGAUCCCGGAAGUAACGGAUGAAAUGAUCGAAAAGCUCGUAGAGACCUCACCGUACAUAGCAGUCCUGUUUUACGACAAGGACGAUAAGCAGGAUAUGCGGAUCUUGAAUGAGUUGGAGAACAUAGAUGACGAGCUGGAGAAGGAGGGAAUCGUCAUCGUCCGCAUAGACAACGACGCAGAAGCCAAAGAAUAUGGUAUCGAUCAUCUCCCGACUCUGGUCUACUUCGAGGAUAAAAUCCCGGCGAUAUACGAAGGCGAUCUGCUGAACGAAGACGAGGUCCUCGAAUGGCUGAUAGAGCAGAAGAACAGCGCUACCAUCGAGGAGGUCACGGACGAAAUACUGACGGAUCUCAUAGAAGACCACGAAUACGUUGUGGUAUAUUUCAGUGGAAGUUGCGACGAAGGAGAAGAAUGCGACAAUAUCCUCGAUGAGUUGGAGAAUAUCGACGACGAGCUGGACGAAACGGGUAUUGUAUUUGUUACUACCGAAGACAUCAGCAUGGCAAAGAAGUAUGGUAUCAAGCAUUUCCCGACUCUCGCGUUCUUCCGAAACAAGGAUCCGCUGAUUUAUACCGGCGAUCUCGACGAUGAAGACGAGGUGCUGUCUUGGAUCACGGACGAGGACACUUUGGAGAUACCAGGAAAAAUCGAAGAAGUCAAUGCUAAAAUGUUGGAGAACAUUCUCGACGAGAACGAUUAUAUCGUUGUCUUUUUUUACAAAGAAGGCGACAAGAAGAGCCAGAAGAUCCUCCAGGAGCUUGAAAACAUUGACGACGAGUGCGAAGAGAAGGAUAUCGACUUUGUGAAGAUCUCUGACGAGGGAAUUGAGAAGGAAUACGAUCUUCCAGGACUACCAGCGUUAGCUUUCUAUAGACACAAGUUCCGGCAGAUCUAUUCAGGUGAUAUGAUGCAUGAAGAAAAGAUCUUAGAAUGGGUUCUCGAACUUCGCACAACAACUCCGGAUGUCAUCGAGAGCGUCGAUAGAAAAACAUUGCAAGUGCUCAUCAAUGAUGUCGAGCAUCUCGCUGUAUUCUUUUACGACGACAAAUGUGAAUCUUGCCCGGAGAUCCUCGAGGAGUUAGAAACGAUUGACGAUGAUACCGACAAACACGGUAUUCAAUUCGUCAAAUCGAACGACGCUAAACUGGCGGCUGAAAUCGGCGUUUUCUCCUUCCCGGCUCUCGUUUAUUACGAGACCGGAGUCCCCAUCAUGUACGACGGUAAUCUUCUCGACGAGACUGAAGUACUCGAAUGGAUGGUGAAACAGAAAACUGAUGAAAGCAUUGAAGAAAUCGACCGUGAAACUCUCCACAAAUACAUCGAGACAAAAGAAUUUCUCGCUGUCAUAUUUUACAAAGAAGAGGAUCCGGAGAGUCCUAGAGUACUUAGGCAUAUCGAAUUGAUUGACGAUGAAGCUGCGGAAUACGGAAUAAAAAUCGUCAGGAUGAAGGAUCGGUUAAUGGCAAAGAAAUAUGGUUUUCGAAAUCCACCUGGUAUUACUUACUUCCGUAAAGGUAAGAACAUCAAUUACGAUGGUGACAUCGAUGACGAGGAAGAGAUUCUUGACUGGUUGACCAACCCGGAAAAUAUGGAACUCACCGAUCACAUAGAACGCAUCAACAAGAAGAUGUUUCAGAAAGUUCGACAAACAACCGAUUAUCUAGCCGUAUUUUUUUACAGCAACGACUGCAAACAGUGCGGCCGAGUAUUGGCGGAAAUUGAACACAUCGAUGACGAGGCUGACAGCGCCGGUAUUAAGUUUGUUAAAAUCGAUGACAAACAAUUGUCUAAACAAUAUGGCGUUUUCGCAUUACCUGCUAUACUCUUCUUCAAGAUGGGAUCGAAGGAGCCAGUUAUAUACGCAGGUGAUCUGUACGAUGAGGAACAGAUUUUGCAAUGGUUGCUGACGCAAAAGGAUCCAUCGGGUGAAGUAAUCGAGGCUCUGGAAGGAGAAGAACUUUUAAAUUUGAUACGAGAAUCGGAAUCUUUAGCCGUGUAUUUCUGGAACAGAACGCUUUGCGACAUGUGCCAAUCAAAAACGUACCGCAAGCAGAUGCGCCACAAGCAGGAGCACAGGACCGCGGAACACGCAGAGGCGGCCGAGAACCUCGAUGAUCCCGACGAUUGUGCGCAAUGCGUGGGAAUACUCGAGGAAUUGGAGAACAUUGACGACGAUUGCGACAGGCACGGCAUUACAUUUAUAAAAACGCAAGAUUUCAAAGUUGCCGAAGAUUAUGGAGUGACUGAUUUACCAGUACUAGUCUACUUCGAGAAUCAAAUACCGAACGUGUUUGAAGGCGAUCUCUCUGUGGAAGAAGAGGUGUUACAAUGGUUGAUUACUCAACGAACAGAGGAUCGUAUUGAACUGAUCACGCGAGCGAUGCUGGAAACGUUUGUUGAGGAAACUCAAUACCUAGCAGUUUACUUUACUAAACCAAAUUGUCAUAUAUGCGACGAGAUUCUGGAAGGCUUGGAAAAAAUCGAUGACGAAUGUGAUGUAUUUGGAAUUCAUAUGGUGAAAAUCCAGGAUUCACAACUGGCUAAGCGAUAUUCGAUCAAAACGUUUCCAGCCCUUGUUUAUUUCCGAAACGGCAACCCUCUUCUCUUCGAAGGGGAUCUCCAAAAUGAAGAAUCCGUCCUCGAAUGGCUGAUCGAUGAUGACAAUCGAGAAUUAGCCGAUGAAAUAGAAUCAGUCAACGACAGAAUGCUAGAAAGACUUCUCGAUGAAUCUCCUUUCCUAGCUGUUUUCUUUUAUGAUGAAGAUUGUCCGGAAUGUGACGAAAUUAUGGAAGCGUUAGAGAAAAUCGAUGGCGAAGCUGACCUUUUCGGUAUUGACUUUGUUAAGAUCUCCAACUCGGACGCUGCUGAAAAAUAUGGCAUUCUCAACGUUCCAUCCCUCGUAUACUUCAGAAAGAAAACGCCGCUUGUAUACGACGGCGAUCUUAUGCAGGAAGAUAAGAUUCUACAAUGGCUCACUUCUCAAGAUGUGUUUGAAAUCAAGAAUGAGAUCGAGGAAGUAAACAGAAAGAUGCUAGACAAACUGUUGGACGAGAACGAAUUCCUCGCGGUCUUCUUUUAUGAGCAUGACAGUCAAGAAAGCGAAACAGUCAACGAGAAACUGGAAGAAAUUGACGGAGAAACCGACAAUCUAGAUAUUACAUUUGUCAAAAUGGCAGACCCUAGAUACGCUAGGAAAUGGGGAGUUACCAAGCUUCCCGCAAUUGUCUAUUUUCGCAAACGAUUUCCUAGUAUCUACAGAGGUGACUUGCACAAAGAAAUGGAUGUUCUCGAGUGGUUACGUAAGAACAGAUAUCGACAGCCAGAACUAAACAUCUACAUGUACAUGCUGAUUGCCAUAACCAUUCUUUUCCUUAUGUACACCGGCUUUUUGUCGUGUUUUCGCUCAGAACCGACUACACCCCAAGCGCAUCCCAAGCAGGCGUGAAUCACUAUUCACGAAUAUGGAAGUGACAAUAAAAUAAAAGACAGAACUCGUGAACUCUCGCGCCUGUGUGUUGCCCGAUACUCUGAAUACUUCGUACUCAAUACUCCGUUACACAAAUACGUGUGGAUAGGUUCGUCCGGUACGAACGACUAAACAGCGCUCUACGUGACAAGUAACGAUGACCUCUGAAAGAGAAGCGAACGCCUUGUCCGUAAAUAUCCGGACCGCUGUCAAACGUUAAACAAUAUAUUGCGUACAAGAGAGUGAGAGAAUGUGUUUAUUGAAGUUUGUUGUUGUGGUACUUCGAGUUGAAAUAUACUCGUGCGUAUGUAGCACGAAUUAUAAGUUUCGUCUAUCGCAUAUUGUAAAAUGCGAAAUUCAUUAAUCGAGCUGAAAUACAAUUUUAGAAAACUGA